AUGGAUAGUGGUGGUGAGGGAACAUCCGAAAAGAGAGAAGAUGUUGAACCAGCUGUAGCGGUUGCGCAAAGUAGAUCUACUUCAGAUUACCAUACCAAGUCUCUAAAAGAUUCUCUUAUUGGCAUAAAACGUGUGGCUGAUCUGGCGGAGCAGGCUGCUAUCGUUCAACAGCAGGCUGCUGAGGAUGCAAUUAGGGCUGCUGCUGAUGCUAAAACUGCAGCAGAAGCAGCACGAAUCGAUACUGUAUAUCAUAAGUCUCUAGAAGAUUCUCUUAUUGGCAUAAAACGUGUGGCUGAUCUGGCGGAGCAGGCUGCUAUCGUUCAACAGCAGGCUGCUGAGGAUGCAAUUAGGGCUGCUGCUGAUGCUAAAACUGCAGCAGAAGCAGCACGUAAAACUGCUAAUGACAGAGAAAUAGCUAGACACGAAUAUCCAUUACCAGGAAUCGAUACUGUAUAUCAUAAGUCUCUAGAAGAUUCUCUUAUUGGCAUAAAACGUGUGGCUGAUCUGGCGGAGCAGGUUGCUAUCGUUAAACAGCAGGCUGCUGAGGAUGCAAUUAAGGCAGCUGCUGAUGCUAAAACUGCAGCAGAAGCAGCACGUAAAACUGCUAAUGACAGAGAAAGAGCAAGAAGAGGAUGCAAUUAA